AUGGAGACAAUCUUUACUGCCAUUCCUUGUCUUUCCCCGCUCAAGGUACAAGUAGCGGUCACCUAUCUUGUGGAGCAAGGAAGGCAUUGGUGGGAUAGUGCAAGACCUUCUGAUAUAUCUCAGUUAGACUGGGAUACCUUCAAGCGGAUGUUCUAUGAUCACUUCUUUUCGAAGGAGUUGCGAAUGGAAAAGCAAUUCCUAUUCUAUUCCUUGAAGCAGGGAGAGAUGCAUGAGGAUCAGUUUAUCACAAGGUUUAUAGACUUGGCGAAGUAUGUGCCUAGGCAAACGGAAGAUCAUUCAUUCUGGCUAGCUCAACAAUUGAUGAAUCGUGCAAGGCCAGAGUUGAAACAGCAAUUGGCCCUGUUAGAGGUCAGUACAUUUGAGGAGAUGUGUGUGAAGCUGCGGGUUGCGGUUAGAAGGACAAGAGAGGUGGUGGAGGCAAGGAGGGCUGAGAAUCAAGCUAGAGCAGCCCAUUAUCCUGGUCCUACAGGAGGAGUAGGGAAGAGGAGUCAGUAUAGCUCUGGGAGCUCGAGUAGCUCAAGAAGAAACAAGAAUCAAGGGCAGAAUCAGAGGGUGAACGCUCAGAGGGGCUUUAUGCAAAGGCGCCAGAAUCCAAACAAUCAAACUGGCGGGGGACAGGGCUCCCGUCGAGAUUCAUCAGUGACCACCCCGAGUGUUACUGGACCGUGCCCCAGAUACGGGGGUAGACAUGCGGGGCAAUGCUGGGAGUGCUUUCAAUGCCAUCGGUGGGGACAUAUUGCUAGAAACUGUCUAGAGAGUCAACCGACACCUCAAGCUGGCCGUUCUACUGUUCCGGGACGUGUAUAUGCCAUGACAAAUGAGAAGGCUUCUGCAUCUCCAAGCUUGAUUUGA